UCCACCUGAGUGAAGAAGCAUGCUCAUCUCUAGGGACAUCACAAACACAACACACUCACUCACGGUUUACUGUGGGUGGAGAAACACACAUCCUCAGAACAAGGACCUGACGGACUUCUCGGGCGUUUAAGAGACGCUCGCGACCCGCGUUUGACCGUUCAGCCUGUUUUAUAAUCUUAGAGAGAGAGAGAGAAGCGCAGGUGAAUUGUUGCAUGAAUCAUGACCGCGCGGCGUCUGCUGCGCUCUCUUCACGUGACGCGCGUGUUUUAGCUGACAAAUAGCCGUGAAAACGUCCCGCAAAACAUUACGAUGAAGGACACUGGAGAAUCAAAGGAUCAUCAGCUGACAGUGGCCCUGCGGAUUCGGCCAUUAAGUGAUGCUGAACUGGAGGAAGGAGCCACUAUUAUAGCCCACAAAGUGGAUGACCAGAUGGUGGUGUUGAUGGACCCCAUGGAGGAUCCAGAUGAUAUUCUUCGAGCUCAUCGAUCCAGAGAGAAGACUUAUAUGUUUGAUGUGGCCUUCGAUUAUUCAGCCACGCAGGACGAGGUGUACAGAUCCACCACUAAAGGCUUGAUUGAAGGUCUCAUAUCUGGGUACAAUGCCACUGUUUUUGCCUACGGACCCACAGGUUGUGGGAAGACUUACACUAUGCUGGGAACAGACAGAGAACCUGGUAUCUACGUUCGCACAUUAAAUGACCUAUUCAAAGCCAUCGAAGAAACCAGUGAUGACAUGCAGUACAGUGUCUCAAUGUCCUACUUGGAGAUCUAUAAUGAGAUGAUAAGAGACCUGCUGAAUCCAUCAUCAGGGUUUCUGGACCUGAGAGAGGACUCGAAGGGAGAAAUACAGGUCGCAGGAAUCACAGAAGUCUCCACCAUUAAUGCACGAGAGAUCAUGGAGUUGUUAAUGAAAGGAAACAAGCAGAGAACUCAAGAGCCUACAGCAGCCAAUCAGACGUCUUCUCGCUCUCACGCUGUGCUGCAGGUGGCCGUACGGCAACAGAGCCGAUGUCGAGACAUCCUGCAGGAAGUGCGAUUCGCACGUCUCUUCAUGAUCGAUCUGGCAGGGUCUGAACGUGCUUCACAGACACAGAACAGGGGUCAAAGGUUAAAAGAGGGCGCUCAUAUCAACCGCUCUUUGCUUGCGCUGGGGAACUGCAUCAAUGCUUUGAGCGAAAAGAAUGGCAACAAAUAUGUCAAUUACAGAGACAGCAAGCUCACGCGAUUGCUCAAGGAUUCGCUGGGAGGAAACAGUCGGACGAUGAUGAUUGCCCAUAUAAGCCCUGCAUCUCUGGCCUUUGAGGAUUCACGGAAUACCUUGACUUAUGCGGACCGUGCCAAAAGCAUCCGCACACGGGUAAAGAGAAACCUGUUGAAUGUGUCCUAUCACAUCGCCCAGUACACCAGCAUCAUCUCUGACCUGCGCAGCGAGAUUCAGCGGCUGAAGAAAAAGAUAGCAGACCAGGCCAGCAGACAGCUCAACCCGGACAGAACAGAUAUCCGCCAUGUUCAAGCGGAGGUGCAGGCUCACUCUUCUCAGCAGAGCCGGGCUGAGAUGGACCAACUGCGGGAGCAGCUGAUCGAUGCGUUUAGACAGCAGAUGGACAUCAGGAAGCGUCUUAUGGAGCUGGACAACAGCAACAUGGAAAUCCAGAUAGACACAUCCAAACACCUGCUGACAAUUGCAGACUGGGAGCAAGAACGCUUCAGGAGAAGAAAGAAGUGGCAGGGCGAGAGGAGGAAGGAGAGUUUUAAUAAGGAUGAAAGUGAAAAAGACUCAGACUCACCAGAAUCUUUGCCUGACAGCACAGAGACACAAGAGGUGGCCAUUGCCAGAGAGAACCUAGUCACGCUCAUGGCUGAGCAGAAGAAAAUGCGAAAACAGAAGGCCGGAUUGGAGCAGCGCCUGGCAGAGCUCAGAGAGAAAGCACGACGUCUUGAAGAGCUUCUCCCCCGCCGUGUGAGCUCAGAGGAGCAGAGGGAAGUGCUUUGCCUCCUCUGCAAGGUUCACGAGCUGGAGAUCGAGAAUGCAGAGAUGCAGUCCAGCGCGCUGCUUAAGGACAAUGUGAUCCGACAGAAAAACGUGGUAGUGCAGCGUUUCGAACAGCACAGACACCUCUGCCAUGAGAUCAUCCAGCAGCAGCGGCAGUUUAUUGAUGGUGAGUCGUUCGCAGGAAUAAGAAAUGGCACCGAAAUCUCAUACAUGAAGGAAAUGGAUGAGAAGAACUUGGACAGAGUCGUGGCCUUGGAUAAGUUCACCAUCCGUACUCUUAAGGAGGGUUCCCUACCCAAGAUCACCCUCCCCAGUAGAGGUCGUGACCCCUUGCAGGAGAUGGAUUCAGACCAAGAAAGUGUUCGCACACUGGGCUCAGACAACAGAGAAGGCCAGACAAAACUGAGACGACACACGCUGCCUCCGAUUCUCCCAGAGCCUGAUGGAGACCGAGUGUUUAAGAGUAGUCACAAACCGAUGAAGAACUCUGUAGUUAUGACUCCUCCACCCAUUCACAUCAAUGGCCAGGGCAACAGAGAGCUGUUGCCAUCUGUCCUGGAUGACGCUCUGAGAUGCAGCCAUCUCAGUCACAGUAUGAGCAGCCAUCUGGACUCCUCACCUGAGAGCAGCGAGAACGGCACAGAUGCCCCUCUGACUCCUAAAGAGAGACAGCAGAUUCUAAGAGGCGUGCAGAACAUCACAGUCAAGGCUGCUCGACGGCGUUCUAAGGUUCUAGAAAUAGAUGCCCUGCGAUUGCCCCCGCCACCUUCGCCCCUAGAUCCCAAGAAGUACAAGAGUAACCGGUCUCUGACCGAGGUGCCCCCUAAAGGCCUGAUGCUACGGCGUGGAAGACAGCCCAGCCCAGAGCUAUGCCACGCCACCUCCGAUGACAACCUGUCCAGCAGCACGGGAGACGGUCCCGCACCCAACGGCACAUGGACACGGCCGCGGAACCGCCAGGCUGUGAAGAACCCCACUCCACGAGAGCAGGACUUUGAGGGGCGCAGACGCAAGAGGAGAUCUCGAUCCUUUGAAGUCACAGGACAAGCAGUGAGUUUUUAGCAUCUGUGUUAAUGGAUGAACCUCACGAAAACUUGUUCAGGUCAUA